UGCUACAUGUCAAUGGUUUGACUCUUUAAUCCAGCAGUGAACACUCACCUGGCGUCACACACCUGCGGUCCGAGUCGACUCUCCAGAACUCUCCAAAACUCUCCCAAACUCUCCAGAACUCUCCAAAACUCUCCAAAACUCUCCAGGAGCCUCUACAGCCAGCAGCAUGUCGGGCAUCGCGACCGCUCUGCAGCACCGCCGGGAGAAGGACCAGGGCGUCGGCUCCAACAGCCGGGCGGUGAAGUACCUGAACCAGGACUACGAGGCUCUGCGGCGGCGCUGCCUGGAGACCGGCCGCCUCUUCCAGGACGAGACGUUCGAGGCGCUGCCCUCCUCCCUGGGCUUCAACGAGCUGGGACCCGGCUCCUACAAGAUCCGGGGGGUGUCGUGGCAGAGACCCACGGAGUUGACCUCUGACCCGCAGUUCAUCGUCUCUGGAGCCUCCAGGACCGACAUCUGUCAGGGAGCUCUGGGUGACUGCUGGCUGCUCGCCGCCAUCGCCUCGCUGACCCUGAACGAGGAGGUUCUGGCUCGAGUCGUCCCUCAUGGACAGAGCUUUGAGGACGGAGAAUACGCCGGCAUCUUCCACUUUCAGUUCUGGCAGUUUGGCGAGUGGGUGGACGUUGUCGUGGACGACCGGCUGCCGGUCAGAGACGGGGAGCUGCUGUUCGUGCACUCUGCGGAGGGGAGGGAGUUCUGGAGCGCUCUGCUGGAGAAAGCUUACGCCAAGUUGAACGGCUGCUACGAGGCUCUGUCCGGAGGAACGACCACCGAGGGCUUCGAGGAUUUCACCGGAGGCAUCGCUGAGGUCCACGAGCUGAGUCGGCCCGGUCCGCAUCUGUUCCACAUCAUCCAGAAAGCUCUGAGCCGCGGAUCGCUGAUGGGCUGCUCCAUCGACAUCACGAGCUCGGCCGAUUCAGAGGCGGUCACCUCUCAGAAGCUGGUGAAAGGCCACGCCUACUCUGUGACAGGUGCGGCUCAGGUGGAGUACCGUGGCGACAUGGAGAAGCUGAUCCGCAUCAGGAACCCCUGGGGUCAGGUAGAGUGGACCGGAGCCUGGAGUGACGAUUCGAUGCAGUGGCGUCAAAUCAGCGACGAGGACCGAGAGCGUCUGAGUCAUCGCUCGGAGGACGGAGAGUUCUGGAUGUCUUUCACUGACUUCCUGCGACAUUACUCGCGGCUGGAGAUCUGCAACCUGACGCCCGACGCGCUGAACGACGACUCCGUCUCCAAGUGGGCUCUGUCCAAAUUUGAGGGCAGCUGGAGGAGAGGAUCCACCGCCGGCGGCUGCAGGAACUUCCCCAACUCGUUCUGGACGAACCCGCAGUUUCUGAUCCAGCUGGACGAGGAGGACGACGACCCGGAGGACGGCGAGGCCGGCUGCAGCUUUGUGGUCGGUCUGAUCCAGAAGAACCGCAGACGCAUGAGGAAGAUGGGCGAGGACAUGCACACCAUCGGCUUCGCCAUCUACGAGGUUCCUGAUGAGUUCUGCGGUCAGAGGAACGUCCAUCUCAACAGGAACUUCUUCUUGCGUCACGCCUCCGCCGCUCGCUCCGAAACCUUCAUCAACCUGCGAGAAGUCUGCAGCCGCUUCUGCCUGCCGCCCGGCGAGUACCUGAUCGUCCCGUCCACCUUCGAGCCCAACAAGAACGGAGACUUCUGCGUCCGCGUGUUCUCCGAGAAGCAGGCCGACUUCCAAGAGCUGGAUGAUCCCGUCGAGUCCAGAGUUGAGAAGAUUGAAAUUGACGAGGACGACGUGGACGAUCGGUUCAGAGGUCUGUUCGGACAGCUGGCAGGAGGGGACUGUGAGAUCAGCGCCUUCGAGCUGCAGAGGAUCCUCAACAAAGUGGUGACCAGACGUUCUGACAUCCAGACCAGCGGCUUCAGCGUGGCGACGUGUCGCAACAUGGUCAACCUGCUGGACAAGGACGGCAGCGGUAAACUGGGUCUGCUGGAGUUUAAAGUGCUGUGGACGAAGAUCGAGAACUACCUGAAUAUUUACCGUCAGAAGGACGUGGAUAACUCGGGGACGAUGAGCUCCACGGAGAUGAGGAUGGCCGUGGAGGAAGCUGGGUUCAGUCUGAACAAUCCGCUCCAUCAGGUCCUCGUCGCUCGAUACAGCGAACCAGAUCUCACCAUCGACUUCGACAACUUUGUGGGCUGCCUGGUCCGACUGGAGACCAUGUUCGACACGUUCAGCGCUUUGGACAAAGACCAGUCAGGAAGCGUCGAGCUGAGUCUUCUAGAGUGGCUGAACGUGUCUAUGCUCUGAAGAACCAGGACCACAUGGAUCCGGGUCCUGGACGUGAUCUUGGUCUUGAUCCUGGUCGUGAUCAGGAUUCAGCUGCAGCUAAAUAUUCUGGUGAUGGAGUUUGGUUCCUAUAAUCUUAUAUAACAGUGAGGGAGACGGUGUUAGAGAUACAGAGGUGACAUCACAGUUAUUCAUGUUCUGAUUGGUCCAGAAGACUCUUCUGUUUCUGUGUUUGACAGGUUUAGGCUUCCAAACAAAUGCUUUGGUAAUAAAAACUGUUCUAUAAUAAAUAAUGAAACACUGAA